UUCUGAUUGAAGAAUCUGGUUAUUGAUUACAAACUUCAAGCGGUUGCGGAUAAUUUGCGUAAUCGAUCAGGAGAACAGAGGCACCGAGUUCCAACUGUCUAAACAGAGAUGAGUUGAGGAUCGAUUACGAUGUUGUGUCGCGUUUCGGCCGUGGUGGCCUCCUUUUUGGUUCACCAGCUACACUUUUUGUGUGCCGCCGGUUCGCUAGGUGCUAAGCCGUUUCCUGGACUGGAAAACCUGCCGAGGUCGUUCUGGCAUGAGCUCAGUUCGCCUUUUACCGAGGUAUACGAGGUGGAAAGUUUGGCGACAGAAACUGGCGGCACCCCGGAACCCAGGCCUUUUUUCGAAGAUCCAGAGAGCAACAUUACUGUACAGCUCGGUGCCAAAGUGUAUAUGCACUGUAGAGUACAAAACCUGCAGGAAACUCUUAAGGUGUCUUGGGUCCGCAGACGCGGAGACGAACUCCAUUUGCUCACAAUUGGGCAGGAGACGUACGCGAGCGACUCAAGAUUCUCCCUCGCGCUGGAGAAACCGAACGAUUGGAGGCUAGUUUUACUCUCGGCUACCGAACACGACGGCGGCCUGUACGAGUGUCAAGUCAGCGCCCAUCCUCCAUUAAUCAGAACUGUCUAUCUGACUGUGUCCGUUCCGAAGGUGGAAAUCGUGGACGAGCACGGUGCCACGGCCGGUGACAAAUUUUACAAAGCGGGCAGCACGAUAGAGUUGAAGUGUGUGGUCAGCAAUAUACCGCAGCCCACCGGAUACGUUACGUGGCGGCAUGGAUCUCGAACGCUGAAUUACGACACUACUCGCGGAGGAAUCAGCGUGAAAACGGACAUGGGCAGUAGCGGCGCGAUAUCCAGGCUCUACAUCGCGAACGCGAACAAAAAGGACAGCGGGAACUACAGCUGCGCCCUGGCGGAUGUCGCGGCGGCCACCACGGUUUCCGUCCAUGUGCUGAAUGGUAUGUUUGAACCUGUGUUCCGUUAUCGUUAG